AGAGUUGGUUGACUGAAGAGCAUGACGAUCAGUUGGUGCGCGAUCGUGCUUAGCGGAAGUUUAAUACGUUGAAGAAAUCUGCAAAAUAAUUGUGUCACAUAUACUUUACAAAUAAAUAUUGUGGUUUUCUUUCAAAUCGAUUACUUUUACUAUUGAAAAUUGUGAAAAAUGCCUACCAAGAAGUAUUUGGUAUCGGAUGUUGUUAAUCCCGAUCUGGCAAAGGAACGUCAUGGAGCUAGUUUUCGUGUUGAUGAAUUUGCGCGUUGGUGGCAUGGUGGGGCAGAGAGGUUACGCUUCAAAAGAGAGAUGGAACAUGAAAUCUUCGACGAUAUGACGGAGCACAAUACACUUUUGCACUAUAAAUCACAUGAGGAGAUCAGCGAGAUAUCGGUGAAGCAAUCAUUGGAGGUGGCGAAAAAGUUACGUGCAAUACAGGCACGCAUCAACCCUGGCGGCACUGAUAUAUGGCCCAAGCUCUAUGGCUCUUCUUGGCUAUGGGGUUCCACGCCUGCUGGAAACCCAUUUGGUGUACAGUUCGUGAUGAUGGUUGACGCGAUCAAAACCCAAGGUACGGAUGAGCAAUGGGAACGUUUUGGUAAACGAGUUGAGAAUUUCGAAGUUUGUGGCACUUAUGCGCAAACUGAAUUGGGGCAUGGCACAUUCUUGCGUGGACUAGAGACUCGAGCCGACUACGAUCGUACUACCGGGGAGUUCGUGCUGAAUUCACCGAAGCUGAGUGCUUAUAAAUGGUGGCCUGGCGGCUUGGGUCACUGCAGUAAUUAUUGCUUGUUGGUGGCACAGCUGUACAUAGAUGACGAGCCGAAGGGCGUGCAAAUGUUUUUCGUGCAGUUGCGCGAUGAAGAAUCGCAUAUGCCUCUGCCGGGCAUUGAUAUUGGUGAAAUCGGACAUAAAAUGGGUUUCUUUGGUGUUAGUAAUGGUUUCUUGGGUUUGAAGAAUGUGCGCAUACCACGUACGAAUAUGCUAAUGCGAAAUGCUAAGGUCCAACCAGAUGGUACAUUCGUGAAGAGUCCCUCUUCUGUAUUAACCUACUUCCCCAUGGUGAUGAUGCGCUGCAGGGUGGCUCAAGAUAACGCAACCCUACUCGCUAUGGCAGCCACGAUCGCAACACGCUACUCAGCUGUCCGCCGUCAAAGUCCCAUCAAUCCCAAUGAGCGCGAACCACAAAUUAUCGAUCAUGUAACUCAACAAAUGAAACUAUUUCCCGAAAUCGCAACGGUAGUCGCAUAUCAACUCGGAGCAAACUCGCUGUGGACUUUAUACGAUGAGACCUAUGUGAAUAUUGAGCAUGGUGACUACACACGUCUACCAGAAUUGCACGCCUUGUCGUGCGCUUUGAAAGCGCUCUGCACAUCCGACUCAAAUGCUGGUUCUGAACGUUUACGUUUAGCUUGUGGCGGUCAUGGCUACUUGACCUCAGCCAAUCUGCAUUUGAUUGUUGCGUCCGCCGCAGCUGCCUGCACCUAUGAGGGUGAAAACACUGUGCUGCUCUUACAGGUUGGUCGCUUUCUUAUGAAGUCAUGGCGCGCAGCUAUCGAAGGUAAGCCACUCACACCGACAGCUAGUUAUUUGGCAGGACCUGCGCAGGGCAAAGGGUUCGGCAAUUGGACUGGUGAUUGGGAGAAUAUUGUAAGAGCAUUACAAUAUGCUUCUGCGAAUAAAGUACGUUUGGCUUUCGAGAGUUUGUCGCAACGUCUGAAACAAGGUCAAACCGAAGGAGAGGCGGCCAACAAUACAGGCCUGGAGUUAACACAAGCAGCAGAGCUGCAUGGACGUUCGUUUAUUGCCGCGACAUUCCUGGCCCAAGUUACGGGACCUGCAGCUGCAGAACGCUCUGCUGCCUUCAAUCGAGUGCUGGAGAACCUUCUGGAACUCUAUUUGGUCCACACAACACUACAUCAUUUGAGUGCUAUACUGCAGUGUAUUAGCUUGAGUGAAACUGAAUUGGGUGCGCUUCAAACGCGUCUCGAAGCAGUUUUGAAAAAAUUGCGUCCUGAUGCCGUGGCAAUUGUCGAUGGCUUCGACUUUCAUGAUCGCACUUUGAGCUCUGCGUUGGGUUCCUAUGCUGGUAACGUCUACGAGAGUCUAUUUGCUUUGGCUAAACAGAGUCCGUUGAAUCAACAGCCAGUGCCAAAGUCAUUCCAUACCAUUCUAAAACCAUUUCUUAAAUCUAACUUAUAAGUUAUAAGCUGUAGGUUUGUGAAUAUUAUUAUUGGUUUGGGUUGAGAGCGGUCUCUGUGUAUAUAUAUGUAAACAUUUUUUAUAAUAUAUUAAUAAAUCACUGGUAAUUGAAAAUAUCUCA